GAUCAAUCAGGCUCUGUUUAGGAUUGAGCCAUUGGUGAAGACAUGGCUGUAGCGAGGGACUGUGCAUUUGUUGGCGUUUUCUUUUUUUCGGUGUUUUGUAUUGUAUCAUGGAAGUUUUCAGUCAUUGGUGUGAAGGAUGGAGUGAAGUUAGCAGGACGUGGGCUGUUGGUGCUCGGGGGAUUGACUUGGAUCAGCUCCUGCUUGUAUCCCAAGCUGAAGUCAUAUCUGUCUCCAGUGACUCCACCAUCAGUGGAAGGUCCUGCUGAAGAUGCACACAGUAGAUUUAAACAAGAAAAUGCAAGAAGGGAUCAACAGCAUCAACAUAGCAUUAAGUCAGACAAAUACCUUGAGGCCGUGGUAAAGCCCCGACAGGAAGCUGUGCUGAGGAAGAAAGAGGAAGAUUUCUAUCGUGUGACAGGACAAAGUUGGAAACUUAGCCAGGGUUUUACACUAGGAGGGGAGGAAGAGAUGAUGGCAAACACGGAUGCCAAUGAAGAGACUCCUAACCAGAGGGCUGCAAAAAAGCGAAAGGAACUUGAGGCGCCGAACCCAGCUCCUGUCCAGACACAAUUCCCAAAAGAUAAGAAGAUCAUUACCUUACCUGAUGAACCAUCGGAAGACGCUACUGGGGUUGUAAAAAUUGCUCUGAGAUGUCCCAGUGGAAGAACAGUUCGAAGGAGGUUUCUCAAAACAUGCAGAUCUACAGUCCUUUUAGACUGGUUGCACAAGUCUGGAUACUCUCCCGCUCUUUAUGCCUUGUACACGUCGUACCCCAGAAGCCCGCUGCUCACACGAACAGACCUCAGCAUCGAUGAUGUCGGGAUCAUCACACACACCACUCUUAAUGUGGAGGAGAAAGACCCUUCAACAUGUUAAUACUGUCCCUUAGAUCUUUCUGAAGGUUUUUAGUAAUUCAGUAGUUGCUUCAAGAUACCUUGGCCUUUAUUUAUGUUGAAAUAUUAAAUGGUCUUUAAGUUUCUUAUAAAAGCACAUCCAUCUAUGAUGUGGCAUAAUUAAAUAGAAAAUUUCAUAGAUUUUUCGUCACUUCUGGUUUUUGAGCAUUUUAAUAUUGUUUUUUACUGUUGGAAAAAUCUGUAACAAAGAAAAAUGGAGUCUAUUGACUGAUACCAAGUUUUCAAAAAUGUUUAAUGAUGGGCAAUAUUACAAUAAAAUAUUGACUAAUUUGCAUUUCUGUACAUUUUUAUAUAGCACUUGCUGGCAUUUUAUUGGCAAACCUCCAAUCUGCUCCAAAAGUAUUGUAGUAAAUUGUGUUAGAGUUUAAAAGAUGAUUUCCGUUUUUUAUUUCCUGACAUUAAGAUUUAAUGUUUCUAUUCACAAUUUAGAACAAGCCACCAUUAAGCAGAUCUCACUUUUAAGCGAGAAAAAGUAUUGAAAUAGACAAUUAAGUGGCACUUAAUAUUUGGCGGCAUAUCCCUUUGGAUGCAAUAACAUCUAGCUGGUAACUCAUUCAUAUCAACUAAUGCAUUCUGCUUUUGUGUCGCUUUUCAGACUCAUAUUACUACAAGUUUCUGUUUGUUUUGGGGUGUCUGUGUCCUCUUCUGCUCAUAAAAUGUUUGCACAAUUGCUAAUCUAAUCCCAUCCUCCCCCCUGACCAUUGCUUAUUAUUUUUAGCUCAUGAAAAGACCUUCCAGGGCAAUGAAUGACAUUUCCUCCUACCCUUGAUGUUGUAUAAUGAGGUUAUAGGACGUGCUGCAUGUGGCAAAACAAGCAAUGUCCAUGUGAUAAUCACAUACUGUCUCAGACGUCCUGCAACAUUUGUGCUUCAGAGUUGGUUCAACAACCAAAGGUUAAUCCUGUGUUUGCUGUGGAACAGUUUCACAAGCAUGUUGGAGCAAAGGUAAAGAUAUGAAUUGUAUGCAAUAAAAAUAAUGACCAUGUUUACAUCACUAAGAAACCAGCAAGUGUGUUUGAAAAAGAAUAAACCCUUGCUUUUUCCUAACUGUGGACUGUAGCUUGUUACCUCAGCCUUAGACAAGUUGAGUCAAGAAUGUGCACACCCACAGCAAAGUUUAAAAGCCCGUUGAGCUCUGAAAAUGUGAAAUAAGGAAUGCACUGAAAGAGAACAGCAUGUUUAACAUUAGAAACAGGAUUUUAUAAUAGUAAUUUUAUAAAAUAACAGAUCAAAUGUUAAUUCCAGGG